AUGGACGGAUUCGAUUUUGAAGAUAGUCUUGGAAGUCUUGGUGAAUCUGAUAAUGACCAACCUCAAGAGCCGCUUCCGAAAAAAUCUAACUUAAAGGACAUGUUUAGUGAUGAUAGUGAACCUCCAAAAACUCUCAAUGGUAAAGCUCCAAGUUUUAGCCCAGAGCAAGCUAAGACUUCUGGCAACUACCACUCGAACAAUUCUGUUAGUCCAGUUAAAAAAGAAAAUUCUGGAUCAAAUUCUUAUAUGCAGCCAACAAAUGUUACUCAUAAUAAACCUGAUAAAUCAGAAUCAGAGAUCAAGUCUGAAAUUGACGAUUACGAAGAUGACUUUGACGAUUUCGAGUCAGAUAACAAACCUGAUGACCUUCCUGUGAAAACCAUUAAGAAUCAACCCAAGAAAUUCGAAUCUCCUAAUGGUCUAUUCGCAAAGCCAAAACUUGAAGGGGUUCCAUCCCUUAGGUCUUCAGUUCAUGAUACCGUUGCUAAGACUAUUAGGGGCAAUAAGGCUCCUCCUGCACCUGAAAAUACCGCUAAAUUUACUCCCUUUGAGGAGAAAAAGAAUGAUUUCUUUGACCGAAGAGCCAAACCAGUUGUACAGUCAAUGACUAAGGAUCAUGUUCAACCCAAGAAGAACGUAUUUGCUCUUGACUCAGAUAAGGAUGACUCUGAUGAUUACGAUGAUGAUUUUGACCUUCAAGAGGAUAAUAUCAACAAAGUUGCUGAUAAUAUCCUGACUAAUAUCAAAUCACCACAAGCUGAGCAAAAGACUCCUGCUCCAAGCUUGCAUAACAGAGCAAAAUUCAUCCCAGUAAAGCCUCAAAAGAUCCAAUCCAAAACCUAUGAAGAAAAGAAGACAAAGAGUGUUCCUAGGAAGUCUCGUAGACACCAGGCCAGUAAAACAGAAGCAAAUCCACAAAUUCCAAAAACGGUUCCUAAAAAGAAGCCUGCUAGACAGACUCGUGUAAAAACAGAGAGAAAGACUCCUAAAAAGGCUCUCAAAUCUACACCUAUUUCUAAAACUCCAGUGGAGAAGCCCUCGGUAAACCCGGUUGCGAUGCAAAGAUUGAUGAAUUCAAACACUGAUCUCUUGCAAGAGAUCCAUGAGCUUUCCAAACAAGUUGACCUCAGGAUGGUCAGCAUGCACAGGAAGGAAAAGCAGGCUCCCGUCGACGAAGUUGAGCUUAACAAAACCAAUAAGGAAAAGAUGAAGGAGCGCGCAAAGAAGAUCAAGAGGAUGAAGAAAGAAAUCUCUGAUAUGUACUCUGAACUAGAAAGCACAUACAAGAACAAUAAGUUAACUGAAAUGGAGAACGAGCUUAGACAACAGAAGAAACUCAUGCACAAGCAAGAGAAUCAGAUGAAGGACUAUAAUAAAGCUAUUAAGCGGAUGAUCCACCUUACUAAACCUAAGGACCAAUCUGAGUUCACUGGGGAUGUUGAGUCCCAUUAUGAACAAGCUAAGACAAAGUUAAGAGACCUAAAAGAGAAAUAUAGGUCUAUAGAUAUUAAACUCAAGAGUAAGCAUCUCGAAGUAGAAACCAUGAAGAAUAAAACUAAGUUUAUAAAAGACCUCAUACACGAGAAGAAGCGUUUAGAGUCUGCUUCUGGCAUGAAGCAUAAUGCUAAACAGGAAGAUGUCGACGAAGUUGCCCAGAAUAUAGAAAAUCUAGAAGAGAAAAGAACAUCACAGUUAAAACAUUUCAGAAGCGUAAUACAAAAUCAAGAGAAGGACAUCAAAUGGGUCAAGAAAAUCAUCAAGAAGUGUAAAUAAAGAGAUUAAGAAGAAAGAAGAUGAGAGAAGGAAGGUUCAACUUAACAUCCAACAAUUAAAGAGACAUGCUAACAAGAGUUCUAUGGGUUCUGCCAAGAAGAAACCAAAGAGUGUACACAGAAAACCACUAUAUGAGACACCAAGUAAACCGUUAAAGAAUCCAAUUCAGAAGAGGAAGGUGGCUAAGUCUAUCAACAGGAAAAAGAGGGGUAAUCACAAUGCUGAUUUCAGUGUUUUGAAAUCAAGUGAUAACUUAGAAACAAGCAUUGAAUCUAAGAAGGUAAAGAAUGUUUUCAAAGAUAUCACCCUUGAAAUGAAGCCUGAAGAAGAUUACCCUAGUGAAUUCGAGGAUGAUUCAAUCUCUGUAGCUCACAGUAAGCAAGAAAUCAAGAACAUUAUGGCUAGACAUGAGCUACCACAGGCUAAUAAGACUCAGGAGACCAGCCAAAUGUCAAAUAUAACGCAGACUUCACCUCCGUUACAACCUCAGAAAAUAGAUGCUCCAAAGAGGAGUUCCAAGCCCAACUUCAUGAUGAAGAGAAAAUUCUAA